GUCAGGGGUCAUAGCCUCCCGGUGCCUACCCCAUCCUUCAGGGGCCCCAACUCUCAGUGCCCAUCGAUGGAGAAACUGAGGCACAGAGCUGAGUGAAUUGGAGCCAGACAGACGCAGGACAGAGGCCACCAGGAUGUCCUAUUUUGGGGAACAUUUUUGGGGUGACAAAAACCAUGGCUUUGAGGUCCUCUACCAUUGUGUGAAGCAGGGUCCUGUGGCCACCAAGGAGCUGGCUGACUUCAUUAGGGAAAGGGCCAACAUCGAGGAGACAUACUCGAAGGCCAUGGCCAAACUCUCGAAGCUAGCCAGCAACGGGACCCCCAUGGGGACCUUUGCCCCGCUCUGGGAGGUCUUCCGUGUGUCCUCGGACAAACUGGCACUGUGCCACCUGGAGCUGACUCGGAAGCUACACGAUCUCCUUAAGGAUGUGCUGCGCUACGGCGAGGAGCAGCUCAAGACCCACAAGAAGUGCAAGGAGGAAGUUCUAGGCACUGUGGAUGCAGUGCAGAUGUUGUCAGGCGUCGGACAGCUCCUGCCAAAGUCUCGCGAGAAUUACCUGAGCCGCUGCAUGGACCUGGAAAGGCUGCGUAGAGAGAACACCAGCCAGAAGGAGAUGGACAAGGCAGAAACCAAAAGCAAGAAGGCUGCCGACAGCCUGCGGCGCUCUGUGGAUAAAUACAACUCAGCCCGAGCCGACUUUGAGAUCAAGAUGCUUGAUUCAGCCCUGCGUUUUCAGGCCAUGGAGGAGGCACAUCUGCAGCACAUGAAGGCCUUGCUGGGCUCCUAUGCACACUCUGUAGAGGACACCCAUGUGCAAAUUGGGCAGGUGCAUGAGGAAUUUAAGCAGAAUGUGGAAAAUGUGACGGUGGACAUGCUCCUCAGGAAAUUUGCGGAGAGCAAGGGCACCGGGCGCGAGAAGCCUGGGCCUCUGGACUUCGAUACAUACAGCUCAGCUGCCCUGCAGGAAGCAAUGAAACGUCUCCGUGGAGCCAAGGCUUUCCGCCUUCCAGGAUUGAGCCGUCGGGAGCCACGUGCAUCUGUUGAUUUCCUGGAGUCUGACUCAGGGGUGCCUCCAGAGGUAGAUGACGAAGGCUUCACUGUGCGCCCCGAUAUAUCUCAGAACAAUGGGGCUGAGCCCCUACGCUUCUCCUCUAGUGACUCUGAUUUUGACGACGAGGAGCCUAGAAAGUUCUAUGUUCACAUCAAGCCCGCCCCGACCCGCGCCGUGGCCUGCAGCUCUGAGGCUGCAGCUGCCCAGCUCAGGGCCACGGCUGGCAGCCUCAUCCUCCCUCCAGGCCCAGGGGGCACCAUGAAACGUCAUUCAUCACGGGACACUUCUGGGAAGCCACAGAGACCUCGGUCGGCCCCACGCACUGGCAGUUGUGCAGAGAAGCCGCCAGCCUCGGAGGAGCCACUGUCCAAGAGCCUCUUUGGGCCGCCGCUGGAGUCCGCCUUUGACCACGAUGACUUCACAGGCUCCAGCAGCCUGGGCUUCACAUCCAGCCCGUCUCCUUUCUCGUCCUCAUCUCCGGAGAAUGUGGAGGACUCGGGCCUGGACUCUCCGUCGCAUGCUGCCCCUGGUCCGUCACCUGAGCCCUGGGUCCCCCGGCCAGGCACCCCGCAGAGCCCACCCACCUGCAGGGCACAGCACCCCGAGCCCAGGGGCCUAAUGCCCCGUGCACCCUCGCCAGGUCCCUGGGGGCCUGAGGGAGGUGCAGAUUCACUGACGCCGGCUGACCCCACCAGGGAGGGCCUAGCUGCUACACUGAGAAGACCACGGUCCAGAAAAGUGUCCUGCCCACUCACCAGGAGCAAUGGGGACCUGUGCCGGUCGCUCAGCCCAUCCCCACUGGGAUCCUCUGCCCCCACCAUCCCCCCUGAUCGGCCUAGCUUCUCCACCCAGAUGGGACACGGCAUCUCCCGUGGCCCCAGCCCAGUGGUCCUGGGAUCUCAGGACACCCUGCCCGUGGCCACAGCCUUCACUGAGUAUGUUCAUGCCUAUUUCCGUGGCCACAGCCCCAGUUGCCUGGCUCGAGUCACCGGGGAGUUAACCAUGACCUUCCCUGCGGGCAUUGUGCGUGUGUUCAGUGGCACCCCACCACCACCUGUCCUCAGCUUCCGGCUGGUGAACACGGCCCCUGUAGAACACUUCCAGCCCAACGCUGACCUGAUCUUCAGUGACCCCUCCCAGAGUGACCCGGAGACCAAAGACUUCUGGCUGAAUAUGGCAGCGCUGACGGAGGCCCUACAGCACCAGGCUGAGCAGAACCCCACCGCCUCCUACUACAACCUGGUGCUAUUGCGGUACCAGUUCUCCCGCCCUGGACCUGAGUCAGUGCCCCUGCAAAUGAGCGCCCACUGGCAGUGCGGGCCCACACUCACGCGAGUCUCAGUGGAGUACAGCUACCGCGCGGGUGCCACUGCUGUGUCCACGCCACUCACUAAUGUCCAGAUCCUCCUGCCCGUGGGGGAGCCGGUGACCAGUGUGCGGCUGCAGCCUGCGGCCACCUGGAACACAGAAGAAAAGAGGUUCACGUGGAAGCUUCCAGAUGUGUGUGAGGCAGGGGGCUCAGGCCACCUGUCAGCCAGCUGGCAGCCACAGUCGGGGCCCAGCACUCCCAGCCCCGUGGCCGCGCAAUUCACCAGUGAGGGCGCCACGCUGUCUGGCCUGGACCUGGAGCUGCUAGGUGGUGGCUACCGCAUGUCCCUGGUGAAGCGGAGAUUCGCUACAGGGAUGUACCUCGUCAGCUGCUGAGGUUCCUAGUGCUGGGGACCGCCUGCUCUCCUGCCUCUGCCGGCUCCCGCAGGCUAGACUCCGUGGACAGGAACCCCCAUUUCAGCCUGGCUCAGCCAACUCGUCCCUUCUCCGUCCACAAGCAGGCCCUGGCCUUUAGUAUUCUUUAAAUAAACAGUUUUCUAACAAAAUAAAGAGGAAUCCUCUUUCCGGUCCAGACCGGGAAGGAUGGGGAAGGGGGAAGGAGGUGCUGAUACCUACUGUGCAUUUCAUCUCCAGGGCUGUGUGAGCUGCCUAUUCCUGCUGACACACAGCUAGGCUACAGGGAGGGAGAAGUAGAUGAACCCCUAGAGCAAUGCUUCUCCACCCUCCUAACGCUGAGACCCUUUAAUAUGUUGUGGUGA